AAAAAAAAAAAUCUCGCUACGCGCCUGCCCAUCAGUAUUGAGAAAAAUGGCGUUGCAAUAACAACGUAGAACUCUAGUGACUUUGAGACAAAUAUGAGGUGACUGUAUAGACGCGACUCGGCGAGAGAAGUGGGUGGUCCUCCUGUCUUCAUUGAUGUUAUGCUGUAGUCACCUGCUCUAGCUUCGAAACCAUGUUUCACGGUAAACAUCGGCGGCAUUGAUUUGUUUUCGGUACAUACUUUUAUGUCUUAUUAGCAGUUGGUGUCCGUUAUACCUUACGAGAUCGCAUAGAUGCAACGCAGUGUCCUUCGUGACGCGCAAGCACAGCUCUCUCCAUACACAUUGAGUGGCCUCGGAGAUGGCUCACUGACGGAUCUCUGCAGAGUCUCCGAGCCUGGUGGGCGACGUGCACGCUGAUUCGGCGCUGAGCACGUCCAAGCUGGGCAGGCAGUACGUGGCCCUCGACUCGGACUGCAUGAGUGUCAAGAGCGAGCACAACCUCACCAAUGCGCUCAUACAGAACAACUGUCGCGCUCCCAUGGCGAGCCUGGAGUGCCUGGACGAGGGCACACUGUCCAGCGGCAGCUCCGUGCUGGCAAGCCAGCCACCCACCAGACAAGUGUCCACGUUCGCACCGCCUGCUGUACGCUACAGAAAUCUGGGAAAGUCAGGACUACGCAUAUCAAACGUCGGUUUAGGAACCUGGGUGACAUUCGGUUCUCUAAUAUCAGAAGAGGUCGCGGAGGAUAUCGUGACAGCCGCCUUUGACAAUGGGAUCAAUGUCUUCGACACGGCCGACAUUUACGCCGGAGGAAAGGCCGAGGUGGCUCUUGGCAAGGUGCUCAAGAAGAAGCGAUGGAGACGGUCGUCGUACGUGAUCACAACAAAGUUGUUCUGGGCGACAAAGUCUGAUUCCGAACGAGGGCUCUCCAGGAAAGCCAUCAUUGAAGGUCUCCAGGCGUCGCUGGAGCGGCUACAGCUGAGCUACGUAGACAUAAUGCUAAUCAACAAGGCCGACUCAAUGUGUCCCAUGGAAGAGAUAGUGCGGGCGUGCACGUACUGCAUUGACCAGGGCACGGCCAUGUACUGGGGAACGUCACGAUGGAGCGCCGUGGAAAUAAUGGAAGCGUACACAGUGGCGAGGCAGUGUCACCUGGUGCCCCCCGUCGCGGAACAGACCGAGUACCACAUGUUCCACAGGGACAAGGUGGAACUGCAGCUACCAGAGCUGUGCCAAAAGAUCGGGAUAGGCACAAUGUCGUGGUCGCCGCAGGCCUUCGGUGUUCUGACGGGAAAAUUUGACGAAGGCGUCAACCUACUAUCAAGGGGCUCGUUCAGACAAUACGUUUCGGCCGUGACGGACAAGGUGGACCGUCCGGAGAAGGCGAUCUGCGAGGAGUCCGGCGGCCGCUUCACGCGGCAACACUCCAAGCUGCAGGAGCUCUCGUACAUCGCCGACAGGCUCGGCUGCAGCUGCAAUCAGCUCACUAUCGCGUGGUGCUUGAAGAGCGAACACGUGCACACCGUUCUCGUGGGCGCCUCCUCGGUGGACCAGUUGUACGACCACCUGGGCGCAUUGCAGGUGGUUCCCAAGCUGACGUCGACCGUGAUGGGCGAGAUCGAGAAGGUCCUGGACAACCGGCCGCGGCCGGUGCCGCCGCCCAGGUGACAAUUGCAGGAGCCCUGGCUGGGCCCCCGAGCAUGCACCGAUACCAGACAGCCCCGGAUCCCAGCGGCUACAGCCGCAGCAGCACAUCGCGCUCGAACUGGACGACCCGGGCAUGGUCGAAGAAGGAGGCCGUGUGCAGCGCUUCUUCGCCAGCGUCGCACACGCCUGUGUCAU